AUGGCGUCUAGAAUUAUUAUUCGACUGCCAUGGCGGACGGUGGGCGUGCCCAGACGCGUCGCUACAUGCCCUACUCCGUACGCACGACGAUGGGGAAGCUCUAUUUCACAACGGCCAGGGUCGGAUAGGGUUCAUUUUCCCGGUGCCGUCGACAGCAAGUUCACUACCAACAUGUCUUUCCUUAAAGCCUCCGAUCUACCUGCGAUUCCUACAUAUCGAGUAAUGGACUCGGAUGGUGAAUUGGUGGAUAAAUCACGUGGGCACCCAGAUGUUUCAGACGAGGAGGUCUUGACAUGGUACAAGAAUAUGCUGACAGUGAGCGUGAUGGAUGUCGUUAUGUUUGAGGCACAGAGGCAGGGCCGUCUGAGCUUUUACAUGGUCUCUGCUGGUGAAGAAGGUAUUGCCGUUGGCUCUGCCGCAGCGUUGACUCCCGACGACGUGGUGUUCGCUCAGUACCGCGAGGCAGGAGUUUUCCAACAGCGCGGAUUUACUCUCAAAGACUUCAUGGGUCAGCUUUUCGCCAACGUCAAUGAUACCGGAAAGGGUCGAAACAUGCCUGUUCACUAUGGGCAGAAUUAUCCCCGCAUGCACACCAUUUCCUCCCCCUUAGCCACCCAAAUCCCACAAGCGUCCGGUGCAGCCUAUGCCCUCAAAUUACAGGAUUCACAGAAUCCCGAUCGCUCGCCCCGGGUAGUCGCUUGCUACUUCGGCGAAGGCGCCGCCAGCGAAGGUGAUUUCCACGCCGCAUUGAACAUCGCCGCAACUCGCUCAUGUCCGAUUGUCUUCAUCUGUCGAAACAAUGGUUACGCUAUUUCCACACCAACUUUGGAACAAUACCGCGGCGAUGGAAUCGCCAGCCGUGGUGUCGGAUAUGGAAUCGACACCAUCCGAGUCGACGGAAACGACGUCUUCGCCGUCUACGAAGCCAUGCAAGAGGCCCGUCGACGGGCACUUAGUGACGGCGGACGACCGGUCCUGAUCGAGGCGAUGAGCUACCGCGUCUCGCACCACAGUACCAGCGACGAUAGUUUCGCGUACCGAGCGCGUGUGGAGGUGGAAGACUGGAAGCGUCGUGAUAAUCCGAUCAUUCGACUCCGGAAGUGGCUCGAAAAUAAGGGACUCUGGAGUGAGGAUCAGGAUAAGGAAAUGCGGGAUUCGCUGCGCAAGGCUGUUCUAAAGGAGUUUGGCGAGGCGGAGCGCGAGAAGAAGCCCCCGCUUCGGGAGGCCUUUGCGGACGUUUAUGAGGAUAUCACUGAGGAGGCGAGGGAGCAGAUGAAUGAGCUUAAGCGCAUUCUGGAGACUUAUCCUGAUGAGUAUGAUCUGAGGCCGUACAAGGAUGGGGCAAAGGGCUUGGAUUAG